AUGCAGGUUAUUGUGCAACUACUCCGUAGCGUAAACUCGGGGCGAAAAUCGAAUCGCAACCGUUCGCCCAAACGUGACCCUCCCCUCGCCCUCGCUUUCCUUUCCCACGCUUCCGCUCUCUUUCGCCCGCGUCGUCGCCAUCGCUUCCGCAGCUCGUCGCGUGCCCGUCGCCUUCGCUCCGCCCGUCGCCUUCACUUCCCCCCCGUCGCCUUCACUUCCCCCCCUCCCCCCCCUCUUCCGUUGCCUUCAUUUCCCCCUCCCGUCGCCUUCACUUCCCCCUCUCGUCGCCUUCACUUCCCCCUCCCGUCGCCUUCAUUUCCCCCUCCCGUCGCCUUCAUUUCCCCUUCCCGUCGCCUUCAUUUCCCCCUCCCGUCGCCUUCACUUCCCCCUCUCGUCGCCUUCACUUCCCCUCCCGUCGCCUUCAUUUCCCCUUCCCGUCGCCUUCAUUUCCCCCUCCCGUCGCCUUCACUUCCCCCUCCCGUCGCCUUCACUUCUCCCCCCCGAUGCCUUCGAUUCCCCCUCCCGUCGCCUUCCACGCCUGCCGCACUCGCUUUCCCCCCGUCACACUCGCUUCCCCACCCGUCACCUUCACUUCCCCUCCCAUUGCCUUUCACACUCUCCUGCUCACUCCCCUGCUCACUCUCUUCCCCCCUGCUCACUCGCUUCCCCCCUCCUCAAUCUCUUUCCCCCUGCCCACUCUCUUCCCCCCUCCUCAAUCUCUUUCCCCCUGCUCACUCUCUUCCCCCCUGCUCACUCGCCUCCCCCCUCCUCAUUCUCUUUCCCUCUGCUCACUCCCCUUGUUCUAACCCCACUUUCCCCAUUUCUCACCCAUUUUCUCCCUUCACGCUCUCUUACCCCCUCUGCUCGCCCCUGUUUUCCCGACUCACUCCUAUACUCACUCUCUCCCCCCCUGCUCACUCUCUUCCCCCCCUGCUCACUCUCUUUCCCCUUGCUCACUCUCUUUCCCCCUUCACACUCUCUUUCCCUCCCUUCCGCCCGUUGCCCCCCUUCGUCACGCGCUCGUCCCCUCGCAAUCCCCGUCUCUCUCUCCCCCCGUCGCCCUCGUUUUCCCCGUCGCCCUCCCUUCCACUCCUCGUUGCCCUCGCCAUCCCUCCCUUCUCCCUUCCCAUCUCUCACACUUGUCACACCCCCUUUCCAACCCGCACAUACACCCUUCCCUUCUUCCCUGUUUCCCCGUAUCCCCUGCGCUGCUUCCCCCCAUCCUCCGACUUGCUCCCCCCAUCCCCUUCCCUGCUUCCCCCCGUCCCCUCCCCUGCCUCUGCCCAUCCCCUUCCCUGCUUCCCCCCAUCCCCUUCCCUGAUCCCCCCCAUCCCCUUCCCUGCUUUCCCCCUUCCCCUUCCCUGCUUCCCCCCGUCCCCUUCCCUCCUUCCCCCGUCCCCCUCCCAGCAUCCCCCCAUCCGCUUCCCUGCUCCCCCCCAUCCCCUUCCCUGCUCCCCCCCAUCCCCUUCCCUGCUCCCCCCCAUCCCCUUCCCUGCUUUCCCCCUUCCCCUUCCCUGCUUCCCCCCGUCCCCUUCCCUCCUUCCCCCGUCCCCCUCCCAGCAUCCCCCCAUCCGCUUCCCUGCUCCCCCCCAUCCCCUUCCCUGCUUACCCCCAUCUCCUUCCCUGCUUCCCCCUAUCGCCUUCCCUGCUCACCCUUGCUCCCUCUGUUUCACCCUUGCUCCCUCUGUUUCACCCUUGCUCCCUCUGUUUCACCCUUGCUCCCUCCCCUUCUUCUCUGCUCACUCUCUUACCCCUUGCUCACUCUCUUUACUUCUGCUCACUCUGUUCCCCCCUGCUUCCUCUCUUCCCCUCUGUUCAAUCUCACCAGAUGUGGCUUUACCACGGCCUGGUUUAUUGCUUGCAGUGUAG